UCGGUUUAGAAAUAGAUACUCUUAGUAUGACAGUUAGGAUCCCAUCAGAUAAGAUGAGCAGCUCAGGUUCAAGUUGUCUCGGAUCUUGCUAAAACGUAAGGUUACUCUGAUCGACCUCCAAGAACUUACUGGUUUACUCAAUUUCUGCAUUCGUGCUAUCUCAGCAGGUAGGGUUUUCGUUAGGCGGCUGUAUGAUGCAUGUUGUGGGCUUUCCCGUCCGUAUCACAGGCGUAGAGUCACUGUGGAAAUGAGGAAAGAUAUAUACACUUGGCUUGCAUUUUUAGAAGAUUUUAAUGGCAUUACCUCGUAUAGAAUAGCCAAUUGGUUGAAUGAUUUUGAUCUAGAGUUGUUUACAGACAGUGCAGGCAAUGCCAGUUUAGGAUGUGGAGCUGUAUUUGGUACUCAUUGGGUUUAUUUAGCUUGGCCAGACCAGUGGAAGGGGUCAGAUAUUUUCUCCGACAUAACAUUUUUGGAAUUGGUUCCUAUAACCAUGGCAUUUGAGGUUUGGUGCAGUAGUUUGUCAGGUCAACGAGUCAUUAUUCAUACUGAUAACGUAGCCUUGGUUUCAAUUCUUAACUCUAAAACCUCCAAGUCCAAGAGAGUGAUGUUUCUGCUCAGGAGAUUAGUUCUCCAAGGUUUACUACUCAAUAUACAAUUUAAAGCCGAACAUAUUUCUGGUAUACAUAAUAUUAAAGCGGAUUCUCUCUCCUGACAGCAAUGGAAGCGCUUCAGGUCCAGUUUCCCAGAGGGAGAUGCGCAAUCAUCACCAAUCUCCCCAUCCUUUCUACACAUGAUUUACAGCUUCGAUCCCAAGAGCUUCUAGAUUGUGCAUUGUCAGCCAAUACCAAAAAACUGUAUGACUCUGCAGUUAAGGCAUAUCAUAUGUUUUGUUCCAGUUAUCUCCCAAAGCAAGUCUGGCCCCCAUCCCCUGCAACUUUGGUUGAUUUUGUGUCAUACCUAUCCCUCACGAAGCUUUCACCGAACACAGUAAAAUCAUACAUUGCAGGCAUUUCUUACUACAACAAAUUGCACGUUUUUCCUGACACUACACAGUCAUUUUUACUCAAGAAAGUCUUAUUGGGCUUUAGUCGUAGUAACCUACACAAUGAUGCAAGGAAACCAAUCACCUUUGCCAUUUUAAUUGGCAUGGGUCAGGCACUUCCAAAGAUAUGCCAGUCAUAUUAUGAAUCUACACUAUUCUCAACCAUAUUUGUGACAGCAUUUUUUGGGUUUUUCCGAAUGGGGGAGUUAGUCCAGAACAGUAAACAUGAUGCAGGCCAUGCCAUUCAAGUUCAAAAUGUUCUAUACUCGCCACACGACAAUACCGUCAGGAUUCUUCUACAACAUUCAAAAACUGACCAGGAGGGAAAGGGGCAUAGAAGAAUCUGGAUCGUCGGGUCAUCCAUUGUUAAACAUGCUUUUUGUCAUGCAAGAAGAAAGUCUCUCUUUGGUACCAACCUGCAAUUAGAUAGACUCAAUGCAUCCAUUUUCUGGCAAGGACAAGGGGGCAUGAGGUGGGGGCAAGUUUAUAAAAAAGUUAAAUUGUUGCUUCGGCUGGAAAACCCACCCGAAAUUUUACUUUUACAUUGUGGGGGCAAUAAUAUCCCAAUGCAAGAGGGAAAGUCCAUUGAACUUAGGUUUAACAUAAUAAAAACGCUGCAGCAUCUUUCAAAAAUUUUGCCAUCCACUACAUUAGUUUGGUCUCAGAUUUUGCCUCGGGGUGAAUGGAGGGGUGAGAGGAAUCAUGUGGCUUUAGAGAGAGUCAGGAAUCGGACAAAUAGGGCUGUGGCAUCCUUUUUAAAGAGGUCGGGUGGAAAAUACAUUCGAUACCCUGAGCUACGUUCAUAUUGUCCUGAUCUGUUCUCGUCAGACAAAGUUCACCUUUCCAAUCUCGGGAAUGACUUGUUUUUGUACAGAUUACAGCAAGCUUUGCAAACAUUUUUGUCCGAUUCAACUGUGUUUGCAUCUCCUAAAACCGGGGAAGAAGGGCCAUGGCUGCGCUAUGACUAAUUGGGUCAUAGUCUGUAAUACUUGACACUGAUAUAUGAUUUUCUUUUCACCUGGUCCAGUCUACCUUCUUUUCACCUGGUCCAGUCUACCUGAUAUCUAAUAUAUCCGCUAUGACGGAUGUAGAUUAUCUUGUUUGUUCCAUUUUGACUAUUAUAGGCGGGAUUAAACCGUCAGUCUAUACCUAUAUAUAGACACAUAUUUACAAACUAAUAUGUAUGUAGGGGCGCCAUAUCAUUUGUUUGUUGGGAUUUUGAUUUUUGGUUGUC